CACUCACUAAUCACAAAGUCAUAAACACAUUACAUAACAACACUUCCUUCCUUACUUACUUUAUUUCUUUUCUUUCUUCUCUUCAUCAAAACACCACUCUGACAACACUAACUCCCCGAAUGUUGGAUGGAGAAGCAACAAUGGGCACGUGGGCUCGCAUGUGCGACACGUGCCGUUCGGCCCCCUCCACCGUGUUCUGCCGCGCCCACACCGCCUUCCUCUGCGCCACGUGCGACGCGCGCCUCCACGCCUCGCUGACGUGGCACGAGCGCGUGUGGGUGUGUGAGGCCUGCGAGCGCGCCCCUGCGGCCUUCCUCUGCAAGGCUGACGCCGCCUCCCUCUGCGCCUCCUGCGACGCCGACAUCCACGCCGCCAACCCCCUCGCCAGCCGCCACCACCGCGUCCCCAUCCUCCCCAUCGCCGCCGCCCCCGGCAACAACGACGACGUCGACGAUGCUGACUUGGACGACGAUGACGAAACCGCUUCAUGGCUCUUGCUCAACCCUGUCAAAAGCGCUAGUGUCCCUAACAACAAUAACACUAAUAAUGGUUUCUCGUAUAAUGGUGAGGUUGAUGAGUAUUUGGACCUUGUUGAUGACUGCGACAACCACCACUUUGCUUCUGUUGCUACUACUACGGACCAUUACUCUCAUCAGCACCAACAUUUCGGUGUUGUUUCUCACAAGAGUUAUGCUGGGGACAGUGUUGUUCCGGUUCAGCACCACCAGCAUUUUCAGCUUGGCUUGGAGUUUGACAACUCCAAAGCUGCCUUCAGUUACAAUGCUUCUGUUAAUCAAAGUGUUUCAGUUUCAUCAAUGGAUAUUGGUGUUGUACCUGAAUCACCGAUGAGGGAUGUCUCAAUUGGCCAUACAAGAACCCCCAAAGGGACAAUUGACCUAUUUUCUGGACCUCCCAUUCAGGUGCCUUCCCAUUUUUCUCCAAUGGACAGGGAGGCCAGAGUCCUAAGGUACAGGGAGAAAAAGAAGACAAGAAAAUUUGAGAAGACAAUCAGGUAUGCCUCAAGGAAGGCCUAUGCAGAGACUAGACCCCGUAUAAAAGGUCGAUUUGCCAAGAGAACAGAUGUAGAAGCUGAAGUGGAUCAGAUGUUCUCCACAACACUAAUUACAGAAGUUGGAUAUGGCAUUGUUCCCUCUUUCUGAAUAUGCUGUGUUGAACAAAUGGCCACAAGAUAUCGAAGAUGCUAGAGGAUCAUGAUCAAUAGAAAUGGCUACCACUUGUGUACUAAUAAUGUAUUUUUUAUGUAAUCUAAUUACUUGCAGUUGUACUAAUCGGAUGCUUUAUUAUUUUGUUUAUUGUCUUUUGAAUGAAACUUGUACUUGUAAAUACAGUCCAUGUAUUAAAUUAUUAAAUUACAGUCAACAUAUCUUUGAAAAAAAUUUAUUUUCUCAAUUUC